AUGGGAAAAUUUCCUUCGAGCAAAUUUACCACAAUUGGACAAGUUUUACUUGAAAAAAAAACUGUUCAUUUUGUUGAUGAUUAUCCCACACCGAUGUAUCUUGGAGAACAGAAUGAAUUUAGUUCCACAUAUUGGCUGGAAAACCGAUGGAUAUUCAAAGUUGAAAAUGAUUUCGAAAAUUUAAUCUAUUCAAUUAAACCAUAUAAAAAAAACUGGGCAGACGUUCAUUUCUUAAUGCUGAUUUGUUCUUGUUUUUCUCAUCUUCAUCUUCAUUGCAAAGAUUGUCAACAUGCCGAAUCACUUGUUGGACUUAUUUUAACUCAAAUUCAAUCAAAAGCGGAGGAUAAACUACGGUUAUUAUCAUUCACGAUGCCAAAGAUUAACAAUAAUAUGGAUGAAUAUUUAACAAAAUGCAUCAGAGAAAAUCAAUUACUUGAUGAUUUUACUGUUGAACAGAUUGAAAAUGAUGUUUACAUCAAAUGGACAUCGUUUUAG